UGGGUCUGCGCACCUCCCUGUUGAAGUCUACAACUCGUGUCAGCGCCGUGGUCAUGGGUGAUCACUGCUAGCAACACGCAAAACUACCUUUUAUUUUCGAUAAAUCCUCAUUGCUAUGAUUAAAGAGUGUUUUAUCUUGAUGAGACAUUUUUCUCUAUAUGAUUUUAGGUAACCAAUCAUCUCCCUUUAAAAACUGCAUUGAGCUAUCAUGGGUUUAACCAAGCAGUAUUUGCGUUAUGUGGCUAGUGGUGUUUUUGGUGUCAUUGGAAACCAGAAGUCAAACAUUGUGUUUGUAACUCUAAGAGGGGGAGAAAAAGGACGAUAUGUUGCAGCUGCAGCCUGUGAGCAUGUCUUUAUAUGGGAUACAAGAAAAGGAGAGAAGGUAUUAAUCCUACAUGGCAAAAAAUAUGAAGUGACGCAAUUGAGUCCCUCUCCUGAUGGGAUCCAUUUGGCUGUUGGUUAUGAGGAUGGAUCUAUCUGCAUUUUCAGCCUUCUCAAUGGAGAAAGCAACAUUACAUUCAAUGGGCACAAAACUGCUGUUACUGUCAUCAGAUAUGAUCAUAUAGGAGCGCGACUGGUUUCAGGAUCAAAAGAUACAGAUGUAAUUGUUUGGGAUGUAAUAAAUGAAUGUGGAUUGUAUCGACUGAAGGGCCACAAGGAUGUUAUCACACAAGCUGUAUUUUUGAAGUCAAAAAAUUUGCUUGUAACCAGCUCAAAAGACACUUUUGUGAAGUGGUGGGAUCUGGACUCACAACAUUGUUUUAAGACCAUGACAGGACAUCGCAGUGAGGUGUGGGGACUAGCACUGGUCAAUGAUGAAAGGAGAAUUAUAACGGGAUCAGCAGACAGUGAACUAAGAGCUUGGGACAUUACUUAUUUAAAUGAGGCCAAAGAAACCGGAGAACCAAAUACAAAGAAGCUUAGAGGGCUUCAUGAAGAGAUGAUGGAGCAAGAGGGUGAAAACGAUGAAAGAACAGAAGAGAGCCUAGUAAGCUGCCAAAAAGUUGGAUCUAUUCUUCGAGAAGGAAGGGAUAGAGUUGUGUCACUGGCCACAGAUUCAAAGUUAAAAAUUUUAGCCUGUCAUGGAACUGAUUCAGUCCUUGAAAUAUUCAACAUUCUCUCAGACACUGAAAUUAGUUUAGUGAUGGAGAAAAAGCUAAAAAAAGCCAAGAAAAGGGCAAAAAAGAUCGCUGAAAAUGGAGCAGAAGAGCCAUUGGUAGAGAGGACGCUGCAGGAUGAGUUACACAGAAUUUCAAAUAUCAAGGCUUCUGCCAAAAUCAGGUCAGUUGACAGUGUCCUGUCCUUGAAUGGUGAGCUAAAGGUGGCAUUGCUUCUUCAGAACAACACAAUUGAGUCAUAUUCUUUGAAAACAACAGAUAAGGUUCCAGAAUGCAGGAAGACUGCUCGCUUAACAAUUCUUGGGCAUCGCACAGAUGUCCGGACACUGGCUUUCAGCUCUGACAACAUUGCAAUCCUUUCUGCUUCAGCUGAAACUGUCAAAAUCUGGAACAGGCCAACUCUUCAGGUUAUCCGCACAAUGGCUUGUGAUUAUGCACUGUCUUCCCUCUUUGUGCCAGGUGAUAGACAGAUCAUUCUUGGAACCAAGACUGGCAAGUUGCAGAUUUUUGAUUUGGCUUCGGGAAGAAUGUUAGAAAAUAUUGAUGCUCAUAAUGGUGCACUGUGGUCAAUUACUUUGUCUCCAGAUCAGCGAGGGAUUGUAACUGGUGGUGCAGACAAGAUGCUGAAGUUUUGGGAAUUGGAUCUUGUAACUGAUGAAACUUCAGGUCAAAACUGCAAACGGCUUACUUUGAAUCAUACAAGAACACUGAAGUUGGAUGAGGAUGUCUUAUGCGUUCGCUACAGCCCUGAUCAGAAACUACUGGCUGUCUCACUGUUGGACUGCACAGUAAAAAUCUUUUACACAGAUACACUCAAGUUUUUUCUCUCUCUUUAUGGACAUAAGCUUCCAGUUCUCUGCAUGGACAUUUGUCAUGACAGCACAUUGAUAGCCACAGGGUCUGCAGAUAGGAAUGUAAAAAUAUGGGGUCUAGAUUUUGGAAACUGUCAUAGAUCACUUUUUGCUCAUGACGACAGUGUCAUGUUCCUGCAGUUUGUACCGAAAACUCAUCUGUUCUUUACUGCAGGAAAGGAUGGGAAAAUUAAACAAUGGGAUGCUGAUAAUUUUGAGCAAGUUCAGGUGCUGGAGGGCCACCAUCAAGAAGUGUGGUGCUUGGCUGUGAGUCCAAAUGGGGAUAAUGUUGUGUCCGCUUCACAUGACAAGUCACUCAGACUUUGGGAGAGAACAAAAGAGCCGAUUAUAUUAGAAGAAGAAAAAGAAAUGCAAAGAGAAGCAGAAUUUGAGGAAAGCAUGGCCAAGCAAGAUGAACCAGUAGUACCUGGUGAAAUCCAAGGGGAGGUUGGGCUGGCAGGAAGAAAGACUAUCGAAACCGUCAAAGCAGCUGAACGAAUUAUGGAAGCUAUAGAGCUGUACCGUGAAGAAACCAGAAAACUUGAAGAACACAACGCAGCUAGUAAAGCAGCAGAGAAAGAGUUACCUCCUCCUGUGAUGAAUCCAAUCCUUAUUGCCUAUGGAAAUAUUUCUCCUUCUCAAUAUGUUUUGGAUGUAUUCAGAAAAGUAAAAUCAAGUGAAUUGGAAGAGUCUCUCCUAGUCCUUCCUUUUUCUUACAUCCCUGACCUUCUCACUCUUUUCAAUGAGUAUAUUCAGAGUGGACUGGAUGUUGAACAGAUCUGCCGGUGCCUUUUCUUUUUGUUAAGGAUACAUUUUGGACGAAUUACCAGCAAUCAGAUGAUGCUGAAUGUGAUUGACAAUCUCAGAAAAAACACCAUUUCCAAAGUGAACCAAAUUAGGGAUGUGCUUGGUUUCAACUUAGCUGGCCUCCAGUUUUUACAACGCGAGAUUGAGAGCAAGGAAGAUGUGACAUUUUUUGCAGAUGCCACAGAUCGGUUUGAGGAAAAGAAAAGAAAAAGAAAGAAAAAGGAAAAAGCUAUUCUUGCAAUUGUGUGAUAUUAACUGUCCUCAAAAAUAUUUUAUAGCAGCAUUUUUUCCCCAUACUUCAUUGUUUGUAAUUAGUGUUUAAAUUGCUUAGAUACAUUGCCUUUACAAUGCGUCUAUAAUAAAACCUUUUUUAUAGCAGUG